CGGUGUUGAAAAACCCUAGAGCACAUAGGAAAUCGAUUCAUCGUAGUUGCGAGUGAUGGAUAUCGAACUGAAACAAGCGGAGAUCAUCGAUCAGCUCGUUCGCCGAGCUUCUACCUGCAACGGCGAGUCCCUCGUGCCUAUCAUCAUCGAUGCUACAUCGCAUCCUUCUCUCUUCGCUUUCUCCGAGAUUUUGGCUCUACCUAAUGUCGCUCAGCUUGAAGGAACCUCGAAUGCUGUGUACCUGGAUGUUCUAAGGUUGUUUGCAUAUGGCACCUGGGGUGACUACAAAUGUAAUGCUAGCCGUAUCCCACAGCUGUCUCCUGACCAAAUUCUGAAGCUUAAACAGCUCACUGUGCUACACUUGCUGAGUCAAACAAGGUAUUGUAUUGUGCUGCCUUAUGAUGCACUGAUGGUUGAGUUGGAUGUCACCAAUGUUCGUGAACUUGAGGACUUUCUUAUCAAUGACUGUAUGUACGCGGGUAUUGUUAGAGGAAAACUGGAUCAGUUGAAAAGAUGCUUCGAGGUUCCAUUUGCAGCUGGUAGGGAUCUGAGGCCAGGACAACUUGGGAAUAUGUUACAUACCUUGUCUAACUGGUUGAACACAUCAGAAAAUCUUCUCGUUUCAAUUCAAGACAAGAUUAAAUGGGCGGACAACAUGAGUGAGAUGGACAAAAAACAUCGCAAGGAAACAGAAGGAGUCGAAGAAUUGAAGAAGUCUCUGUCCAUGAAGGGGGAUAUCGGCGGCAGAGGGCAUAAUGAGAUGUUUGGGGAACCAAGUGGAGUGAUGAACUACCAAGAAGAUGGAAUGCGACCAAAGAGGUAA